AUGAACCCAUCUACUACCGAGCCCGAUGACAUCUGGAUCAACUCCAAGCCGGUGGAUCUAACUAGUGAAAGAGCACCCGAUUGCUUUACGUCUCGGGCAGUACGGAUAAACAACUACGACGAUGUUAUGAAUCUCCACACUGCGAAUGCAACCAACGACUGGACAGCAGCAAUAUGCGAUGAUGCAGAUCGUAAAGUUGAGCAUGCUUUCUCACCUGUGGGGAAUGUAUCGAGCCUCAUUUUCCCUGAAUAUUCGCCAGAAAAGGCACAUAUUCUGGCAUACUUCACCCAGCUUUCAUUCAUACUUGACGAUGUAUUAUCCUCAAAGGAUGCCAAGGAAGAAAACAUACAUUCAUCUCGUGCGCUGGACCUUAAGGACACCCGCCCUGGCACGUCGGAAAGGGCAAAAGCCAUGAAGAGAUUACUAUCGCAGAAAUUUGUUGAAAUGGUUGACAUGGAUACUAGUGAGGGACAAGAAUUUGUUAAGCGUCUCAAAGUCUGGGCUGAUGAUGAGAUCGGGUUGAAGAAUCCCCAAACGAUCGAAUGUGUUGACGAAUACCUCCGUUUUCGGCAACUUGACGGAGGGUUCAGGGUGUAUUGGCAUUGGUUAACAUUCUCUCACGGGGAUAGCUUCACACAAGCAGAUUGGAACUCGAUAGAGGAUCUUCUUGCAUUUGCCGAUAAGGUCUUGAUAUGGACCAAUGACUACUUCAGUUGGCCCCGAGAGCGCUUUUAUGAACAAGGCAGGAUUGCAAAUGUGAUCGAGUUGUAUAUGAGAACCGAGGGUCUUGCCGAGGAAGAAGCUAAGCAGAAAACAAAGGAGGAGAUCCUGCAAGGCGAACACCGUUUCCAUGACAUGUGUGUUGAACGAUUUGCACAACAGCCAAGCCUUCCCCGCCACAUAAGAAAAUUGCUCAGAGUUGCUGAGAUAGCGAUGGGUGGAUAUAAUUAUUGGGCAUCGACAUGUCCCCGGCUAAACUUUUGGAAAGAGCAGGGCCCAACUGCAGAGAUUGUCUUGCAUGAAACAGAAGAUGACGAAAUUUCCAACUCUACAGGAGAAGCUCGGCUCAUCAAGCCAGUCAAGAUAAACAACGAAACUCAAGAGGAUCCGAAAACACAAUCUCAACCUUCAGUACCCCAUUUGGACUCGAUGGCAUGUACAUCCGCUCUAGAUGACUCGGCCCUCCUCGCUCCAGCUCGUUACAUUGAAUCUCUGUCAUCAAAGAAUACGGUUUCCAAACUUGCUGAUGCGUUCAAUGUCUGGAUGCACGUGUCUCCUAAACCACUGGCAGCGAUCAAGGAUGCAAUCAAUGAUCUACAUAACUCUUCCCUAAUUCUGGACGACGUACAAGACAAUUCACCGCUCCGACGAGAGAGAACAGCAACUCAUCUCAUCUUCGGAGCUGCACAAACAAUCAAUAGCGCCACGUACAUGGUUGUCAGAGCGGCUAAAAUAAUAGACGCCCUGGGUACUCCCCAGAUGAUGACCGCCCUUUUGCAGAACCUUGAGACACUCUUCAUUGGCCAGAGUUGGGAUAUCAGCUGGAGAAAUAAUUUCCAUUGCCCCACUGAAUCCGAAUACCUCGAUAUGGUAGACAAGAAAACUGGUGCCUCAUUGACCAUGAUGGUUGAGCUCAUGCAAGCUAAGGGCAAAAUAAUACCCUUCUCAUAUCGACUUUCACCGCUAGCCCGCCUAAUCGGCCGAUGGUAUCAGAUCCGCGAUGACUACAUGAAUCUUCAAGGGGCAGAUUAUUCGAAGCAGAAGGGGUUCUGCGAAGAUCUUGAUGAGGGAAAAUUGUCCUACCCAAUCGUCAGGUGUUGUCAAAAGGACGUGACGAUCAAAAACAUCAUUCUCGGAAUAUUCCAACAAAUGCGAAUGACAAAUACAAAAAUGAUGCGUGAGAGUAAAUUGCAGAUUUUGGAUCUCAUGUCGAGUGUUAUGGCUCUGGAGGAUACAUUCGGCUAUCUUCAGCAGCUGCAACAGGAAAUUGAACAGGAGAUUGGAGAGAUCGAAGCUUUGACAGGCAAACCUAACCCAGAGCUAUUGCUCGUGGUGAAAGCCUUAGGGGUGAUCCCAAAGCCUGGUGGAAAGGGGCAUUGA